AUCGGUUUUGAUCAUUGGAAGUUUAAAAAAAUGAGAUGAAGUUUAAGAUUAGAAGCAAAAGGGAAUGAUGACAUUCCAAAUUCAGCUUAAGCGUAUAAAACACACGCACUCCGUUGGAUCCGAAGAGAUGUGAUCGUGUCUAUUCGUCUAACUGUAUAGCGGUGGAUUCGAGGACGCUACCAAUUAUACAGCCGAGCCGCCUUUUAUAUUCCUCCCCUGCGCAUUAAGAAGAAGAAGAAGAAGAAGAUACUCAUGAGAAUCUCCUCUCCUCAUUUCUACCUAGAUAGCGUGAUUCAUGAAAUCUGGCAUGGCUCUCGAAAAUGCUGGGGAAAAAAGACAACAAAAUUAAGAGAUGCCGGACGAUCAACGGGAUUCCACAGCCGCCAACAAUGCGGGACCCAAUAACCAAGGAAAUAAUACGUAUGCAUACCCAACGUCAACCUGCAAAUCAUUCCUGAAUAACUGGCGGACCUUGCAAACUCCAAUGUCGCUCUCCAUUUCUACCCAAUUAAUUUCUGCCCUUUAAUCUUUAUUCAUCUUUCGCCGGUUUAUUAAAGAAAGAAGAGUAUAGGUGUCGGGAAAUUCGGCCGGACGAGAUAGGAAGCAAUACUUUGACUGAAUUUGCUUUCAACUUAUUCACGUUUUUGCCUAGUUCUGUUGUCCCUUGAACGAGUUUGCAAAGCACCACCAGUUGGCUGCGGGGGUUUUUCAGUCGAAGAAAGAAAAAAAAGGAAUAAAAAAAAACGCAGCAUGUUGGUGCUGCUGUUGUUGUUGAUGUUGUUGAGGAAGACCGUCGUUCCUCUUCUUGGCAAGAGGCGGGAGGUGCGGCACGAAGAGUGCGUCUUACGGCUUUAUGUGUAGGUUAGAGCCACGGAUAGCGGUUAGGGGGACGGGCCUUCUCUCGGGUUCGCUUGGUUGGUUGUACCCGGCUGUGUUUCUCUCUUUUUUCGUCGGGGGCCCCGCUUUCAAAUAUCACUACAACCUGCUGGUGGACGUCAGUUACACAUCAGAUGCCGGCCCGUUCGACUCCUCCAAGGUACAACAACUGAUUCCAGCCCAAAGAAAACACACUCCAAUCUAACUUUGUUUUUCCAAUUGUUUUCUCUGUUUGUUUUGUUGUUGUCCGCAGUGUUUCUCUUUCUGUGACAUUGUUAUUCCUUGCUGGCCUUCGUUCGUGUUCCAUUCAUUCAUUGACGGCGAGUGAAUCGUUUGACUUGUGAACCUGAACAAAACCAAGCAGUGCCUUAACGUCGUGAGUCGAUUGAUUUGAAGAAGCGACUCAACUGGUUGCACAAAAUGGAAUUGCUGGCCAGUUUGUUCAACCCGAUUCAGAUGGGGCACAUCAGAGAUGUCACCAAGAGUGUCUCGCUGGAAGAUGUGGCCGAAGUAGCCACGUCCAGCUUCCGCUCCAUGGGCACGACUCGCGAAGACUCUCUCGUCUUCGUCCUGGGUCUCCUCAACCUUGGCACCGUCCUCUGCUACGCCAUCUACUCGCAAAUCUUCAAGCCGACCCGCCGCGGCUCCUCGACCAUGGACGAGAACCACUUUGUCAUGAAAAAGAUCCAGACGAUACUCGACGAGCUCGUCCUCCACGUCCACACCACCACCUACUACCGCAGUUCUUUCGAGAGGAACCAAGAGCUGGGCAAAGAAUUCACCUCGAAACGGGAGACCAGCGUCCGACCCCGAUCCUCCUCCGAUUCCUCAUCCAUCCGGAGUCUUUUCACCAUUUUCGAUUGGCCGGAAUCGGUCGCCUAUGGCGAGAAAGAGCCGCCGUCGAUUGAGCAAUUUGAAUCCAAGCGAUCGUCGGAUGACUAUGAAAACUAUCUGCAACGAGAGGCCAAGAAGAUGAUCCAAGAGUGGCUGUCAUUUUUGGUCCAGUCGACCACAAAUCCUUUCAACAGCCGGACAAAGCGCCACACGAUGAUUCCGUUCCCGAACGCGUUCCGGCGCAACGCCACUGGCCGACGUCGCCCGUGGUCGCCGUCUUCCUCAAUCAAGAAGCGAAUCGGGACGACAAUGUCAACGAUGGCGCCCAUAUCCACAUGGAAGCCGCCGAGUCGCGCUCUGUCAAAAUCGUCGCCAACGACGUCGACUGCUGAACCGCAACCGGAAUGGACAUUGAAUCACGAGGCAAUGUCUCAGCUCCGCCGACCGCAGAUGAAACGGCUCGUUGCGGCUGCAACUGGUGCGGAAGCAGAUGGCCGACUCCUGGCGGCUGCGCAAGCUGCUGCUGUUGCUGCUGCAAGGCCCACCUCUGGUGGACCGGACGUGUCUCAUCCAACCCACCAAGAAGACGUUCCCGUUCUGCCUGUGCUGGCGCUUUUCCCACACAGCACCGUUAGUGCAAGAGGCGCCAGCAGCGGCCAAUUCAAAAGCGGACGGGCCACCAGCAGCCGGAGUGGACUCAGGCUCAAGAAUGGAUCGCCGGAGAAGCCGGAAGACAAAUCAACUACCCAGCCGACUACAACGACGACGACGACGACAACAACAACUGCAAAGACGACAACAACCACAGAGGAAAUGAAAUCACAAUCGGAACCGAGACACAUUCCUUCCGAAUUCCGCCAGCAGAUGUACAACCGGAAUGCUGGAAUGAUGGAGUCGGAUUCGCCCUACGACCUGGAAGACUCGGCUUCGGACGUUCACCCGAUCGAAGAGGACGGCCUAAUCGUUCGAUUUAUGCGCCUCAUUCAGCAGACCACACCAUUGGCCAUGGACGUUUUGGACGUUUACAAGUCAAGGAGCAACGCCAAAAAUUCGCCUCAAUCAUCUGAGCCUAAAUGCCUGGAACGGCUCUUGUGUCAGCUCAAUCAAGACUGGAAGGGCAGAGGUUCCGUUCCAGCAGCCAUGGCCCCGUUCUUCAGUAUCGCGAUGGGAUGGUUGAUGGACAGAUCCACCACUCCGAAUCUUUCUCACAUUCUGAUGGCCGUUCGGGCCGGUUGGAUAGGCAAGCAAUGCGCUUCUCUUUAUCCUCGUUGCUCUAAUCCCGGACGCCCUCAGUGGACUGUGGCCCCGUUGCACGAUGACUCCCUGAACUUGCCCAGCAUCGGCCAACCGCCCGUCAAAGUUCGACCGCCUCUUGAUUUCUUCGCUUUCACUCCCACGCCUUCCACGACCCUCUUGGACAGCACAUUGCGGCCACCUUCCUCUUCGGUGAGGGCGAUUCCUUCAGUCAAACCAAAGGUUCCUCAUCCGUCAGAAUCGAGCGACUUGCGGACAACGACAUCUUCAUCGACGGCCAAUAAGAAAACAUCCUCGACCACUGACUGGGUCCGCGAGAGUGUCCAAAGUGAUACGAACGGAGUCUGGGACAAGCAUUCCAUCGAACUGGGAGAAGAGGAGCAAACGACUUCCGCUCUGCUUAGCACUUCGCUGCAAGUCGACAGGAACGGAGAAGCAGGUGCCCCGGUCAGCAACGGACCGGCGGACAGCGUGAAACCGUGGGGCAAACCGAGCCGGUUCUCAGGCGUGGACGACAUCGAGCUUAGCGAUAUUGUGCGAGGCGUGUACUCGACAACGACAGAAAAGGAUCACCAGCUGGAUGAAGAGGAAGACGAAGAAUAUGACGGCGAAGAGGAGGAAGAAGAAGAGAUAGAAGAAGAAGAAGAGGACAUUGAAGAAAACGAAGAGGAUCCAAAUCCAUCCACCAAGAAACCGGCAGCGCAUUACCAAGAGGACAGCAUCCUUCACGAUUUGAAUAGGAAUCAUUUCGUUGAGAAACCAGUGUCGGAAAAUCCCGCCAAAAUCAAGGACACCUACGAAGAAAUUCAAAAGAAAAAAACGCAUCGACUUGAAAUGGUUCCAAAUAGAAGCCUAGUUCAUCCGUGGCUAUCGGAACCAGUUUGGGUACCGGAAAACACUUGGCCGACCAAGACUGAUGGUAAUCGCCUCCGAUCGGAUGAAGAAAAUGAAGACUCCGGCGAUCGACAUCGCGACAGAGUAUCAUUUGGUCACGAGGAUGCCGUGAAAGACGUCAGAUUAUUUGAUUUUGCGAUGCAAUAUCUACGAGAUCGAUCGGCGUAAAGGUCACCGUGUUUGUCAUCAAGAAUCAUCAUGCGUAUUUAUUUGGAGGAUAGAAAAAAUGUGACAUUUUUAUCAUGGGUUUUUGAGUUUAUGGUAAUAUCUGUAAUGCGGAAGUGGUGAAGGGACUGCACUUUUUUUUUUCAACCUUUGAGUUACGUACCAUACUUGCAUCUGUUGAUUCUGUUCUCCCCAUUUCCUUGAGUUUCUUGUUCUAGAUUCCAUUUCACGUUCACAAUCUAAUUGUUUUUCAAGAUUAACAAUUGAAGUCGUGUUUGUUGUUGUUUAUUUAAAUUGUUGACUAUUUGAUUAUUGUUUACUAUGUUUGUGUGUUUGUGUGAGUUUUUAUUAAUAAACGUCUUUAAAAAUGCU